AUGGCCCUGCCUAUUACAAAUGGUACCUUGUUCAUGCCCCUUAUACUGACAUUUAUUGGGAUCCCUGGUUUGGAAUCUGUACAGUGCUGGAUUGGGAUUCCACUCUGUGCUAUGUACAUCAUUGCUUUGAUUGGAAAUUCUCUAAUUUUGAUCAUCAUCAACUCUGAGCCAAGCCUCCGUGAGCCCAUGUAUAUCUUCCUGGCCAUGUUAGGAGCCACAGACAUUUUACUUAGCACCAGCAUUGUGCCCAAGAUGCUUGGUAUUUUUUGGUUUCAUUUGCCAGAGAUAUAUUUUGAUGCUUGCCUCUUUCAGAUGUGGCUCAUCCACACAUUUCAAGGUAUUGAAUCAGGAGCCCUGCUAGCCAUGGCUCUGGACCGCUAUGUAGCAAUCUGUUAUCCUCUGAGGCAUGCUAUGGUAUUCACUCAACAACUAGUCACAUAUAUUGCAGUUGGAGUGACAUUGCGACCUGCCAUUCUGGUUAUUCCAUGCCUAUUGCUUAUAAAAUGUCGUCUGAAACUUUACCGAACCAAGUUAAUAUCCCACACUUACUGUGAACACAUGGCCCUUGUGAAGCUUGCCACGGAAGAUGUUUACAUUAAUAAGUUCUAUGGUAUCCUUGGAGCUUUUAUUGUUGGUGGGCUUGACUUCACUUUUAUCACCCUCUCCUAUAUUCAAAUAUUUAUCACUGUCUUUCGCUUGCCCCUGAAAGAGGCACGACAUAAGGCAUUUAAUACAUGUAUUCCCCACAUAUGUGUCUUCUUCCAAUUCUAUCUUCUUGCCUUUUUUUCAUUUUUUAGUCACAGAUUUGAAUCUUAUAUCCCAUCGUAUGUACACAUCACCUUAUCCAGUCUUUACCUUCUGGUCCCACCGUUCCUCAACCCCUUUAUCUAUGGGGUAAAGACCAAGCACAUUAGGGAUAAGGUGGUAAAAAUGCUCUGCUUCAAAGACAAGACUUGA